UGGUCUGCUGAUAGCGUCGGAUAUCGGCCCCGGAAAAUAUUUUGCCUAUGAGAAGUCUCGUUCUGGGGCACCCCCUGUACGGGGCGACCAAAUUGACAACGCCCCAAAAGAAAUUGGGGCGUGCCUUUUACUGGGUCGUCUGGGUUCCUUUACUGUCAGUGCAGUGGUGCUGCCGCUAAGAAAAAGAAACGAGAAAAGGUUAGGCAGCUCAAAACAGACUCACAAAACCUGGGAUUUAGCUAACCCCCAAGUGAAUCGCGUCUCUACAGAGGACCGGAACUCAUUAGCCCCUGAGGACGGAGGCUACCGAGGGCUGCCAUGUCGGGCUCCUACGAUGACUCCAUGACUGAUGUUUCCAGUGACAGCUUCUGGGAGGUGGGCAACUACAAGAGGACAGUGAAGCGGGUGGACGAUGGCAAUCGGCUGUGCAACGAACUGAUGAACUGUUUCCACGAGCGUGCUCGCAUCGAGAAGGCCUACGCUCAACAGCUCACCGAGUGGUCCAAACGCUGGAGGCAGCUCAUCGAGAAAGGGCCCCAGUACGGGACCCUGGAGAGGGCCUGGGGGGCCAUGUGCACCGAGGCGGAGAAGGUGAGCGAGCUCCACAUGGAGGUGAAGGCGGCCCUGAUGGCAGAGGACUUUGAGAAGCUGAAGGUGUGGCAGAGGGACUCUUACCAUAAACAGAUGAUCGGAGGCUUCAAGGAGACCAAGGAGGCGGAUGACGGCUUUCGCAAGGCCCAGAAACCCUGGGCCAAAAAACUGAAAGAGAUGGAGACGUUGAAGAAGGCGUACCACGGGGCCUGUAAAGAAGAGAAACUGGCCACCAGCCGGGAGAACACCAGCAAGCUGGAGAACAACAACCCAGAGGCUCAGAAGAAGCUCCAGGACAAGGUGGAGAAGUGCCAGCAGGAGGUGGAGAAGACUAAAGAGCGCUAUGAGAAGUCCCUGGAGGAGCUGGACAAGAUGACUCCCCAGUACAUGGAGAAUAUGGAGCAGGUGUUUGAGCAGUGGCAAAAGUUUGAAGACAAACGAAUCCGCUUUUUCCGAGAGGUUCUGCUGGAGGUCAAGCAGCACCUGGACCUCUCCACCAAUCACAAGUUCCAGAGCGUUUACCAAACCAUGGAGGACACCAUCUCCGCCGCGGACUCAGAGGAGGACCUCAAGUGGUUCCGCUCCAACCACGGACCCGGCAUGCCCAUGAACUGGCCCCAGUUCGAGGACUGGUCCAUGGACUUGAACCGAACACUGAGUCGGCGAGAGACGAAGAAGAAGCCCUCAGACGGAGUCACCCUGACUGGGAUGAGCCAGAUGGGAGACCAGCAGGGGGCUAAAAACAGCAGCAGCCUCACUGUGCCCUCUAGCACAGAACCGGUGGGUUCGAACCCCUUCGAGGAUGACGACGAGGAGGAAAUUGCGGAGCCCGUGAAGGAACAGCCCACUGUCAUCGUCAACAACAACAACAACAGAAGCAGUCCGCUCAAUGUGAAAAAAGUAGAGGAAGUGAAAACCGCCAGCAGUGUGGAGAAGUCGCAGGACUGGUCGGAUGAGGAGGUGGGGGUGAACCCUUUUUCUGCCGAGGUUGCCAACGGUGACGGGAACCCAUUUGAAGAGGAGCGGUCCUCCCCGGUGGUGUCUGUGGCCGUGCGGGCCCUUUAUGACUAUGAGGGACAGGAGCAGGAUGAACUCAGCUUUAAAGCAGGCGAGGAGUUCACCAAGAUCGGAAACGAGGAUGACCAAGGCUGGUGCAAAGGGCGCCUGAAAGAUGGAGCGGUGGGCCUCUACCCCGCCAACUACGUAGAAGACAUCCAGUAAUGAGCGGACGAUGACCGGGAAGAACAUGACAAGAAGAAGUGGAUGAGCGACAGGAGGAGAUGGGCCAGGAGGAGAUGGGCCAGGAGGGUGGUUUGGGCAGGCCUUGAAUCCACCCCUCUCACCAUCUCCCCCUGCGUUGUAGACUCUGGCUAGAGGGACCAUGUACUUGGGUUUUUGAGAAGCGGUGGUAGAAGUGUUUAGCCAGUCGAAGAGGAGGAUGUUGUAACUCUGUUAUGUCUUCCUGGAUUCCUUGCAGGCAAGCAAAAAUCUUCCCACAACUAUGGCCUGCGCUCAGCCUUUAUGAUAGGACGCUCAGUACCAGGCUAAAAGCCACCACGAAAAGCUGAUGUUACUUAUAGCCAUUGCUGUUACAGAGAAAUUACAGAAACAGUUAUUAACACGUGUUACCUUUCGAUUGUAGCCUUAAGUUAUGAAGAUUUUGAAAGAAUAAAGAUUUAAAAGAAGUGAACUGACAUGGGAACAACACAGAGAGGAUACAUGUGUCCCAUUUAAGUUCUCCUGAAUUUUGUUUUGUUUGUCCUACUUUUUAUUUCUGUAUUCAGUGUAUUGGUUGAAUCUUCAAUAGAUUUUUACCAUGCAUAUUUUUGGUUAUAUUGGUCAGAUUCUUUUGCAACACCAAUCUGGAAUCUGGAGACAAGUUUGGUAGCCUUACGGUAUAUCUGAAUAUGGGACAUUUGCAAUUUCAUGUUAUUUUUCGCCAUAUUUCAAAACAGGCACAUGCAUAUUUUUUUAUUCUUAUUUACAAAGUCAUUUGAUAUAUUAAUUGAUUAUUUUUUUCAUCUUUUGAGAAAUGGGCUUAGUAUUUACACUAUUGCCAGUUCAGAAGAGUGUCAUACACAACAUUGUGCUGCAUAUGAUGCCUAUAGUAGUCGAGUCUUGUGCCUUUUAUUUUAUUUUUUAAGCAAAAAAGUUGAAUAAGAGAAAUUUCAUUUUAACCAGUUCUUCCAUUGAUUCUUCAACCCCCAUUACAUUAUUAAAUGACCCAUUCACCCUUAAUGCUUUGAAAUAUGUUUUCCUGUAGCCUUUACACCUCAUCCUGUAUUGAUUGUACACUGAUGGUUUGGUUUUAUUGGCUUACCUGUUGAUUGUACACAUUUGCUGUUGAUUUUAGUAUCAGGGACAUUACUACAAAAUGUGUCUAUUGUUUGUGCCUGCUGAAGACUUAGACUGUGUCCAAAAUAGGUUUCCUUCGCGGUGCACUACUUUUCACAAGGGCACAUAAGGUAUAGGUUGUAACACACAGAAUAGGGUGCAAUUUGUGACAGCCACAAUUCCCUGACUUCACAUUUUACUGGUAGAUUUAAGCGUCAUGUGAAUGUGUUUGUUUUUUUUCACCGCUCUGAAUGGUUUGAAAAAAAUGUGUCUCACUUGAAGCUAAGAGCUUUAGCCUCAGCUUGCACUGGAUGUUGAAUGCAAAAUUCUGGGAGAAUAUUAGUUAGUGCCUCAAACAAUAGUUCAACAAUACAAAACACAGCUUUUACUGUUUUUCACAAAUUAGAGGGUCUGAUUAUUUCCAAGUAUUUUGCAUUUUAAUUGCAAAACCUUAAAAUAAAUUAGUUUUUAAAGUUUAGAGAGUUGUGAUGAGAUUUAUAUUUGGAAAUCAAAGACUGUUAAUUUAUGAGAUGCCUUAACUGCUUUUGUUCUCCUCCUGUCAGAUGAAAUGCUGUGAUUUGUGAGGAAAAAAAUCAGUUUGUACAAUAAUAUAAUGUUUUUAUGGCGAAAGUCGCACAAAUUUGCUGUCUUGUUACAUUUGUAAAUAUGAGUUUGUUUUACUCUAAAGAGCGUUCAUGGCCUACUUAUGAACAUUAUAUUUUUCUCAUUUUAUUUCAAACAUUAUGGUAUGAUUGACACACUUAACUACACCGUGUGCAUUGAUGAUUUUUAGCAAACUAUAUCAGGUAUAGCACCCCUUGCCAUGCCAAUCCAUAGUUUAGGUUUGUCCCAUAUGGGGAGUUGAUUUUUAUGGCUCUUACAUUAAUGUAUGCUGAACAAUACACUCACCGCGAUGUACUUACUGAUGACGUCCAGGUACAUCAUCUAUAUUAAAUGCCUACAACUUGCAGAUUGAGUGGAGGAGUCUUUUGGUUUGAUAUUAGUUUUCUGUCAGUUUGAAAGGGUUGUGACCUGGGCAACGGUUUGCUAAUGUCUUGCAACAUAAAUAAAUGAACAAAAAAGCAA